UUUCUCACUUCGACCACAACUUGUCGUUUCCUCACCCUUUCCCACUGGAACACAGGAUCAAACACUCGUUAGAAUCUCUAUCCAUGGCACAACCAGCCAACCUGGUCGCCACGGCGCUGAACAAGGCCGGGAUCACGAGGGGGAACAAUGACUCGCGAGGCGUGGUCGGUCGAGUAGCUGGUGCUGGGGGUGGAGGUGGAAGAGCCGCCUCAUCGUCGACGACCGGGAUGGAGGUGGAUAGAGACGGAGCGGGAGGUGGAAGGCCUGCGAGGAAUAGGAAGUCGCAUACAUCCAACACCCCAUACUCCGCCGCUUCUCGCCCAAACCGACCAUCCCUAACCUCUUCCCGCCCCGGCCGCUCAUCCUCAGUCCCUAGCCACUCCCAAACUCAACCAACAGCUUCGUCUUCCAAACCAUCAAAUAAAUCCGGUCGACGGGACGGUCAUUCGGGAAGGAGAGACGGGGGGGCGAGCGCAAGUACAGGCGGGUCGGGAGGGGAUGGGGGAAAACACGUCAAGACGCUCAAAGAGUGGAUAGGGACUAGGAAGCGAGGACCGGGGUUGAUCGAUCUCAGCGCCAUGGCGAACGAUCCGGUGUUAUUAGAGGCUGGGCUUAAACCGCCUGGGCACCCGGAUGCUUUCGCGCAGAUGGGGGAUGUCGUUUGGAAGGUGGUAGCAGAGGAUGAUGUCCACACACAUACGAUCUCUCUCCGAGAGAACAACUUCAAGAACCUCCGUCAGCUAUCGAGAAUUGGGUUUUACCUACCCCACAUCCGAGCACUGGAUUUGAGCGGGAACGAGGGGAUCUCGGAGAUGGGAGGACCCGGAGGGCUAGACACUUUGAGUUGUCAUUCUUCACGGACCGUGCCGGGGCCUGGGGACUUGGGAAAGCAUGGAUUGAGAUUUUUGAAGGAGAUCAUUCUAACGGGGUCUAGACUACGGAAUGAUGCGGAAAGGCAUGAUAGGAUUGGCCAGUACAUCAGAGACGUCCUCAUCCGGUUACCUAACCUGACCUUGCUGGACGGCCAACCGGUACCUCGGCUCGUCUUGCCGAUCGAUACGGAUUUGCCUGCAAAGCCUAUCGCCAAGGAGGAGAUGGACCAGCUGAAAGCGAGGCCGUAUACCUGGCCGUUCGAUGUGAAGGACAAGUGGGCAGAUGCGGAUGCGAUGAGGCUCGUUGGGGAUCGGUUCCUAGCAAAAUUCUUUGAACUUUUUGACAAUGACCGCAACCAGCUGCUCGUCGCCUAUGCUCCCAACGCCACCUUGUCCAUGAACUUUACCUCUGCAGUCCCACCUCGUGCCAGAGCAGCCGGAUACCUCAGCACCCUUCCCAACCAGCGUGCUCUAAAUUUCGAACGUCUCAAAAAAUUACCUCAUCGAAACUUGAUCCAUACGGGCCCAUCAAGGUGGACGAAGAGCUUGAUCGUCGCUACCGAUGAAAACAAGUUGAGAGCGUGGUUGAACGAUGAUCUGCCCAAGACGCGGCAUCCGUUGAGUGAGGUGGGCAAGUGGAUGUAUGAUGUGAUCGGGAUGGACCCGGUGAAUGGGGUAGGGAGGAUCAUGUUGGUCGUGCAUGGAGAGUUUGCCGAAUUACCUUCGGAAGGUUUGAGGUCGUUCUCGAGAACACUGGUCAUCGCCGAAUCGGCUCCUGGCACACCGUCUCAACUCGCCGGCUGGGAUGGGAUCAUCCUCUCAGACACAUUUUCUAUCCGACAAUACUGCGGGCAUGUCAAUUUCACCAAGAGCCUGGCCGUCAAUGAUGCGACGAUCGCAGUAGGAGGAACCCCAGUCCAAGCGCAAAGUGCAGCCAGCGCGAAUCCAGGUCCAGCUGGAGUUGCUGGUGCGGUGCAAGGGAUUCCGCCUGACAUCGCCAGCAUACCCAACAUCACCCCGGACCAGAUGAUGAUUGUCGCGCAGGUCCAGGCGCAGACCAACUUGAUCACCCAAGGAGCGAUGGAUCUGGCCAUGAAUUCUGGGUACGACCUAGCUAGCGCUGCGAUCAGGUUCGAGGAGGUCAAGGGUCAGAUUCCGCCGGAAUUGUUCAGGCAGUGAGCAGGAAGCAGAAUCGCAACGGAAGAUGGAAGGACGGGAAUGCGUACACAAUCAUAGAACCACACAGCACACAUACAGAUGUAUCAUAUCAACACACAGACGAGCGGGACGAUUGCAACCUUCGCAAUUGCGUAGUAGACGGUAGUACAGUAGCUAGUCCAAGCGUCGGCGAUCGUGAAUCUCAGAACAUGCAUGCAUUCCCGUUAUUA